AUGCUCCUUAAACUGCCUGAGGAAUUGAUUUCCUUAGUCAUUGAAGAACUAGCAGCUGACCCCUUUGGGAACAGUAUUCAAGACCCAACAUCGCUUAUUCCACUAUCAUUAACUUGUCGCAAACUAAGGGGUUUGUGUAUGCCAAUUCUUGCGCAAAGGCUGGACCUUGACCGAAGAUUCCCAUCAACACUUACAUUCACUACGCAAUGGCUAAAAAGCGUAAAGUGUUUACGAUGUCAUCCAAAGGGUGAUAUACCUUUGAUUAAAAUUGUUGAAGAUGGCCAUGUAAUAAUGACUGGUAAUAGCACGUCGCUUAUCAAUCCACGCUUAUGUCCAUUACUAUCCCGUGUGGAGCUCAGCGUUAAUCAGGGUUCAUUACGACUAAACGAGGUUUUACGCUCCCUGGAUGCAUAUGGUAACAGUUUUCCAAAUUACAAUCACAUCGGUCUUUGUAUCAGAGCCCAAUUUUCAGAUUUGGAUUACCUAGCCAGCCUAAAGCUAAGUUCACGCGAGCGAGUCAAAAGAUUAGACAUUGAAAUCAUCGGUAAAAUUUUUAAACAAGAUUAUCCCCCACUAAAAUCCUUUCCGAAUCUUGAGACAGUAGCAAUUUUCCGCUCAAAGACUUUAAGAAAUGGAGGCUCCAGUAAAAGGCGAAAUGGUUAUGAAGAAAUUGAUGCAAGCUCAGUGAAAUAUCAACUGAGUUUGAUUGGAAAUUCGUUAUUGGAAUUGGAGAAACUAAAUCAUUUUGAAGACUACGACGCCUCCAGUAUUGAUCUUUAUAUACCUUCAAGUGUGACUUCUAUGAAUAUAUCCUUUCAUACUGUGAUAGGUUGUUGUUUUUCAAAUCCUCCGUCUUAUCCAGAAUUUACCAAUCUAACAGAGUUGACGAUGGAAAUGUGGCAUUCUUCUUUAGGCACAAUAAAAUACCACAGAAAUGCACUUGCUGGAACUAACAUUGAUAGACUUUUGGCCUCGAGCAAGCCAAAACUCCGAACACUGAAAGUUAUAGUUCACCUUCAAGAUAGUGAAAUUGUGGUUGCCGGAAUUAAACUGGUCCUAUCAUAUUGUCCAGGUAUUGUCUUGGAUCGGUUGGUGAUUUCUUACCCUAGUUGUCUUAAUAGCGUAGAUAGCUUAUUGGGACUUUUGAGAGAGAGAUCGAUUAAAACGCGUAAUUUAAUGUUAUUAUGUCGUCAAUCGUCUUAUAACUACGAUGAUGAUGAAGACGAAUAUGGGGAAGACAAGCAUUUUGAUGACGGCCCAAUUGUCAAGCAUUUGGCAAGUGAGACUAUUCUUCAAAAGAUUGUGGUCGCCGGUUAUAAUGAAGAGUGGCUUAAUGCUUCCAACGCUUUUAAAAUUCACAUUCUUGGGAGAUUCUGCAAGGGUCCCUCUAAUAUGCAAUUUUCCAGAAAUAAGAAGGAUAAAGGAAUGGCUAUAUACAAUUACGUUGGUCCUGUUCCACAAUCAUAUCUUAAGCUGGCUCAGAAAGAAGCUCUUGGUAAUCCAGGCACAUCUGCCAGCUUAUCAUUUGAAGGCAAGCUUUGGUGCGAAAAUGAUGAUAAGCCUUUGCCAAAGUUUUAUCAAGAGUUUACCAAAGGAACCGAUCAGGAAUUAUGA